AGACGAGGCAUCCAAGCUUUCUGCAUCGUUGCGUACAAAGCUCAUUUGGCAUCCACCCCUCAUCUCUUCUAUUCUCCAAAAUCAUCUCGAUUUCCUUCUCCACGCCAGAAUCCCUAAGCUCUGAAGGAGCAGGAUGAUAUGCGACGUUUGAGUACAUUAUUACUUAACCCCACACGACUUUCUAUAUCAGUCUAAAGCGAGGCGAGCCAUUUCCCGCUAAAAUCAAUUGAUGCGCAAUUUGAGAACUCAAAGAAGUUUGUUGUGGGAAGGUUAACGAGAAAGGAGUCGUGCUAAUUGUAACGUUAAGAUUAUCGCCGCACUUAAAGCUCGUUGACGAGAGCUAGGUUUAGGUUUGGAAAGGAAGGUUUAUCCAUCGGAGUGCAAUGGCGGGAAAAAUGUCCCACGCUUUGGUGGUCGUCUGUAUGGGCACGCUAUUUAGGACUUGUUGUUCAGCGGGUUCGUCAACUAUUAUGGUUGGUGCUGUUUUCGAUAGAUAUCUUGACUUUGGUUUUGAACGUGGUAUCAUCUCUCAUAACACCCAGAAGAAUAAAUCAAAUUCAUUUCAGUUCAUGGCUUUGGAACUACCAGCUCUACUGGAAGAUACAUUCAAUGUUACCAGAAGGCUCUGCACCCUCUACUCCCAAAACACCCUGAUCACCGGUGGUCAUUCCAAACAGGUGUGUCUCCCGACUUUGCAGUCUUACGCCAACUAUUUCCUCAUCCCCUACGUAACGGUAAGCCAAUCCAAAUCAGACAUGGGUUUGACCAUCAGCAGCAGUGACUACUUGUUGUCCAUGAUGCCCUCUCUGGUCCCACCCGUAGAGGAUUGUGUCAAGUACUUCAAAUGGGACAAAUUCGCCUAUGUCUACAGCUCCCAAGAAGGAUUGCAGAGAUAUCAGACCCUUUCGUCCCGGUUUCCUUCGAAGCAAUACGACAUCACUGUUCGUCGGGUCGGUUCCGAACCCGAGACCCGACUGCUUCUGAAGAGCUUUCGUGAUUCUGGUCGCCAUCGUAUCAUCUUCGACACCACGGGAAACGAUACUCAACUUGUGCUUAGACAGGCCAGUAUGCUCGGUAUGAUCACCAGUUCAUUUCAUUACCUUUUUCUUGACCUGGAUCUAGCAGACGUGAACAUGGAUGAUUUUAUUUUUGGAGGGAUGAACGUAACUGGUUUUCAGCUCGUAAACAAGACCGAUCCCCACUACAAGAGCCUCGAAAUGAUGUGGUACAAACGUCAGGCGUACCUCAGGCAAGGCAAUCAAACCUUUGACUGGCCGCAGAAUAUCUCCUCAUUGGGCUACCCGAAGCUGAAGACGAUGACGGCUUUGUCGUAUGACGUCACUCGUGUAUUCUGGGAAACGAUCAGCAUGUUGAAGAAGAACAAGAGAAUACAGCUCCUUACGGUCAGGGCGGCAAGAUCUUGUGGCAAUCCAGGAUUUAAAAAAAUCCCACAGGACAAAGACGUGCUGGAGUAUAUCAAACUGAUAUCGUUCAAAAGUGCGACUGGCCACAUAGAAUUUGAUGAAAACGGAGAGCGCGCUAACUACACACUCAAAGUACUUGCACUUAAACCAACGGGAUUGCAAGAGGUUGGAACCUGGAUGCCUAACGUGCCUAAUAGCAAUAGCAACAGUCCUCUUCUGAGUCGUCUGGUUCUCAAAGGGGAAAAUUCAGAAAACUCAUUUCAGAACGUCAAUAAGACUUUCAUCAUUACUUCUGUUCUCGAACGACCAUUCAUGAUGUUGAAAAAUGAGAAAGCUCGAACUCCUGACAAUGGCCGAUAUGAAGGGUACUGCAUGGACCUCUUACAUGCAAUCAAUGAACACCACCCAUUCAAGUUUAUUAUCAGAGUAAGAAACGACAGCGCCUACGGAACGGCCGAUGACAACGGCACUUGGAAUGGCAUGGUCAGCGAGCUGAUAAAUAAGGAGGCCGACAUCGCGGUCGCCCCAUUGACGAUCAACUCCGACCGGGAGAGGGUCAUUGACUUCACCAAGCCUUACAUGAGUCUUGGGGUCAGCAUCAUGAUCAAGAAACCCCAGAACACUCGUCCCAGUGUCUUCUCCUUCAUGCACCCUCUGUCCUACGAGAUCUGGCUCUCCAUCAUCUUCGCCUACCUUGGAGUCAGUGUGGUCCUCUUCCUAGUCAGUCGGUUUAGCCCGGACGAGUGGUACACCGUAGAACAAGGAACUCUGUCUAGUGCCCCCUCUACGGAAGGCGAGAUUGACAGAGACGAACCAAGAGACAAAAAAGCGAACAACUUCGGGAUUCAGAACAGCCUUUGGUUUUCGAUGGGCGCCCUCAUGCAACAGGGAUGUGAAGUUUCACCAAGAUGCUUGUCAGGUCGAAUCGUUGGUGGGGUAUGGUGGUUCUUUACCCUCAUCAUCAUAUCCUCAUACACUGCUAACCUGGCUGCCUUCUUGACUGUCGAGCGGAUGUCCUUUCCGAUCAAUUCGGCAGAAGAUCUUGUCAAACGUAAAGACAUCUCCUACGGUAUUCAAAGAGGAGGCUCGACACAGUCGUUUUUCUCCACGUCGAAAAUUCCGCUCUACAAUACGAUGUGGAGGUCGAUGAGUAACAACAAUACGCUCCCGUCACCGAUGACCAACUCGUCCGUGCAGGGCAUCGAACGCGUCCGACAUUCCAACGGCAAGUACGCCUUCCUGCUCGAGUCGACGAUGAACGAGUAUCAGAAUCAGCAGAAACCUUGCGAUACGAUGAAAGUGGGAUCGAACCUCGACUCGAAGAGCUACGGGAUCGGGGUCGCCAGGGAUCUCACUUUGUUAAGGGAUGAAUUAACUCUGGCUAUACUUCAACUGGGCGAAGAUGGCGUCCUUGAUAAUUUGAAGAAAAAAUGGUGGUACGACAAAGGAGAGUGUGAUCCUCAAUCUCAAGCAAUGGACCAGGCGAGUGCUCUUAGCCUUAGCAAUGUUGCUGGAAUCUUCUAUAUCUUGGUGGUAGGAAUGGGCGUGGCUAUUGGCGUUGCUCUAACCGAGUUCUACUGGCGUACCAGGUCUCAGUCGAAUAAAGAGAAGAUAUCUCUAUCAAAUGCUUUGAAAGCUAAGAUUCGUAUGUCAGUGACAGGUGAGAAAGGAAUGCCGACAUACCCCAUCAUGAGACAAGUUAACCCAAUGGCGUGUGAGAAAGCACUGCUGUCAAAGGACCGAGAAUCACCGUCGGCUAUCCGGAGAGGGCAAACAUCCGUGUAAAAAUAUCCGACUCAAUUAAACCCAACCAUACAAUAACCAUAUCAGGAGAUGCAGGAGUUAGUUAUCCUCAAAGGAUCCCGGGAAAGGGAUAUAUCCAGGGGAGCGUUUCAUCAAUAUUUUUGUCCGACAAGUUGUCAGAUCUGACAUCUGUCCUUGAAUUCGAUUGGCUUAGAAACACUGUUACUAUGGUAACUCUCGGAGUAAAUGGGACAUUAUCGAAUAAAAAAAACGUCUGACAAGUCCUUUCACAAAACGCUCUGACACCAAAGUAGCAAUAAGUGGCAAAACUUGUUAUGGCCAAUGAAAACAAUCGUUGCAUGUGCACGUGUUCAACAUAAAUGCGGUAACCAAUCACAAUUAUUGUUUCAAAUUGAUUUCAAACGCAUGUGUUAACCCUACUGGAAAGAACACAGUGUCCCACAAUGUAUGCCACAGUCUGUUCACAGUGUUGAACACGAUGUGAAAUCACCUUCACACUGUUAAAUUUGAGCAAUUUAAACACUGUGCAUCACAUUAUCACACAGUCCACUGUGUGAGCAAACUGUGGACACUUGCACACCUUCGAGGUGUCCACAGACUGAACUCAUUCUUCACACUAGCUAUUGAACAGUGUGAAUACUAUUUCCACAUAGUCUACAAUGUGAACACACUGUGAUCACACUGUGUGAAACUGUGUUCCUUCCAGCAGGGAGGAGGCUUACGAUUUUUUUUUCGUUGGGAAAGUUUAAAAAAGAGAGAGAGAGUAAAAUCAGCCCCAUGUCAACAUGAUUAGUGAAGAAAUUCCAGUGACGGGCUAAACAAGCUAAAUGGGCAUAUUCUAAAGACAAGGAGGGCACUUCUUAGAGUCAGGGAAAAAGUCUUAUUCAAGACGGCAGAUAUUUUUAAUACUAAUACACCAAACCCAUUAAAGUUUUGAAUGAAAUGGCUGAGGUAUAGGUUAGAAAUAAUGAUUUUGUGAACAAUAUCAUUUUCCUCGUGAUAUGAGAUUAAUUCAAAAUAGAGGUUACAAAAACCGAUCAUGAUAUAUUAUUUUCACACAAAGGAUUUUCAUAUUUUUGUUGUUUAUGUACGAAUUACAUAAUCGGUAGUACAUUAUAUAGAAACUGUAUAAAAUGGUAAUUGAAAUAUAAUUAUGUUUAUACUCUUUUCAAGAGUAUUAAAAUGGUUUGUUUAAUCAUGUCCCAUCCAUGAUUAAUUUCAAAUCAAAACAUGAGACACAUCGACAUGUACUCAUCAAUUACCAAAAAUAUUUUUAAAAAAAAUCUUCAAACUUAUGAAAUGCAUCAAUUUAAAAGCCUGUGAUGGUAAUAGAAAAUGAUAGAUGAAACAGAAAAUAAAUACGACUUUGAAAUGAAUCGCAUGGUAUCCAUACAAAUAGUUAACAAGAACUUCUAGUUGAUCAGUGGACCUUCUACACCUGUUCUGCACCCACGUGGCGUCAUGUUGAUAGCGCACUCACACAGAGGAUAUAGGCGGAGUAGCGGUAGCUCAGCUGCAGAUCACCAACCCAUGCAUGGCAAUGGCCUCGUCCUCUAAUAUGGCGGCACGUUGACGUCAGUGUAUAAGUGAAAUGCGUGAUUUUGUUAUCAUUGGGGUCUAACACAAGCCAUGUGGCCAGCCCUGUCUUGAAUCUCUGUAUUUUAUCUUUUUUCUUUAAACGACCAAAAAGGAUGGAAUAUAUUUCGUAGAAAAGGCGCUAUAAACAUAUCAAAUAUUACUAUUAUUACCACGGUGCGAGGUAAGAGUUAUAGCUCUGAUACAUUUGGAGAAGCACUGCAUUUUGUUGCCUGAGAGUUAUGAGGUUGUAUGACAGGUUUUACAAAAUUAGAGAUAUUUCAUUGUAUAUAUGGAAAUAAAAACAAAUUAAUAUGCUUUGUGUAUUUCUAAAUAUCAAUUCUAAACUAUUCUAUGAAGUAAGCAUGUAAGUGUUAUUUAUUGUAGUUCAAUUAAGUGUGCCUGCAUAGCACAUAGAGCCGUUUUAGAUUCGAAUCAAAGUUGAAGUCCCAUUGCUCUCUUGGCCGUUCGCAGAAUAUUUCUUUUGCGAUGCAGGACGCGUAAACUUUAAAAAGAAAACUAAAAAGCGAGAGAAUGAAGCGACCGAGCUUAUCUGGGCGCUUUUGCAUUUUAAAAGUGAAAUAGAAGGAUUUUAUGCAUACUGUUUUGUGAAUAUUGUGAAACCUUUCAGCAAAAAAAGUGUUAAAGAUUUCUGGGGACAGCUGCCCCCUCCUGCGUACGGCCAUGCUUGCUCUAGAAUAAGAAAAUAUAUUAAUUUUGGAUCAACCACAUUUUCAGUUUGAUUCGAAUCCAACGCCAUUUUUUUUCAGACUGUCCACUUUAUGUCGUUUGUCAUGUUUGCAAACAUGUUUUCCUAAAGGGUUGAUCUUGGAUGAAAAUAUUUACAUCUAAAUAAAUAGAGUAAAAUUCA